UCCGUGCGCGUGUAGUCGGCCGUACUCGCAGCGCACGUCUCUCAUUAUAGUACGCCGCGCCGCGGACAAGUCGCUACCGCGUAUACGUCGUCGUCGCUGCUGCCGCCGCCGCCGCACAGCAGUCUGUCCCGCAUAACCGACCCGUGUCGAACACGAACGCGCUGCUACCUCGUAAUACCUAUAAUACAUAUAACAGCGUACCUAUUUAUAAUAAUAUUAUAAUAUAUUAUAUUAUAUUUUAUACACAUUGCCGCCCGUGUACGCCGGUAAAACGAUAUCAUCGCAAUAUUAUUAUAUCGUAAGGAAAUAAUAACACGACAUUAUUUACGGAAUAAGGUACGGCCGUUAGGUGUGUUCGAGUUUUUUUUUUUUUUUUUAUAAAUCUUGUGCCGUCAGACUACGGGAUUUUUCGGUUUGUUUUUUUUUUUUCACAUCGCAUUUCGUUUUUCGGUUUCGUUUUUCGAAUCGUCGUCUACUCCGACCGCAUAGGCGUGCGGCCAAUGAAUCGCUGCGCGAGUACCGCAACCACCGCCGCAACCCGCACCGACGCCGCCGACGACUGCACCGCGGCGACGCCGGCCGUUGUUGUCGUAGUGGUCUCGUAGCGCGCGCGUCCCGCGAAAACGUCUCGAAACCGCGGGUCUCCCGCGUACCAUGACUUCUCAGUUUUCACAACAACUCGCCAAAAAUAUCGGACACCAGAUUUUUCGUUUGCAGACCACAUCGUUAGCGCCGCCGCCGCAGUCUCUGUUACCGCAGCCGCCGCACACGUCUUCGUCGUCGUCUUCGAGCCCGCCGCCCUUACAGCUAUCGCUCACCGCGGCCCGGCGACACACGUCCGUAUCGCCGCAACCGCCAUCUUCGACCGCAGCCGGCCACAACUCGUCGCCGCCGCCACCGCCGCCGCACCACCCGCGGUCCACCGUCAGCGGAUCGACCGGACCGUCGGCCGCACAACCGCCGUCGUCCACGGCACCGUCGUCCGUCGGCGGCAGUCCCACCACGGCCGUAGCCACGGUCAGCACGUCCACCGCCGCGGCCGCCGCACCUCCGCGGUGCUGCGACACCGGCCGGCCCAUAUUCACCGACCCCAUCACCGGGCAGACGGUGUGCUCGUGCCAGUACGACCUGCUCAGCUACCAGCGACUGGCCGCUUCCGGCGUACCGGCCCUGUCCAUGUACACCGCACCGUACCCCGAGGGCAUGGCCGCCUACUUCCCGGCCCUCGGCUCUGACCAGCCGCCGUUCUACUCUGCCGCCGCAGCGGGACUUGAUCUCAAAGAGAACUUGGCAGCUGGAGCUACAUGGCCGUACCACUCGGUCUAUCACCCCUACGACGCGGCGUUCGGGUACCCUUUCAACGGGUACGGCAUGGACCUAAAUGGAGCCAGGCGAAAAAACGCUACGCGAGAAACAACCAGCACGCUGAAGGCUUGGCUUAACGAGCACAAGAAGAACCCGUACCCGACCAAAGGCGAGAAGAUCAUGUUGGCCAUCAUCACCAAAAUGACGCUCACGCAGGUGAGCACGUGGUUCGCUAAUGCCCGAAGACGGUUGAAAAAAGAGAACAAGAUGACUUGGGAGCCCAGAAAUAGGGUCGAAGACGAAGACAACAACAACGAGGAUGAUCGAAAGAGCCCCGACCCGAAAGAUCUCGAUUGUAAAGAUUCGGGCACGGGAUCGAGCGAAGACGGUGACCGUCCGGGCGCCAAUCACACGGGCAGCGAGUGGAGUGAAUCGCGGGCCGACAGCGGACCGGACUCGCCGGAGCUGUUCGAACGGCCACCGCCGCCGCACUUCCUGCACCACCCACCGCCGUACCACCACGGCCACUACCCCGGUGCGCCGCACCAUCCGCCGCCGUCGCACCUCGGCCACCACCAUCAUCACCACCAUUCGUCGGCGGCGCCGCUGCAUCACCGGUUCGCGUCCGUGUCGCCGCCGGCCACCGGCGGAGUGGGCGGCGUAUUACUGCCGUCGCAGAGCAGCGCCCCGAAGCCGCGCAUCUGGUCGCUGGCCGACAUGGCCAGCAAGGACACGACGACCACGACGACUGUCGCGUCCGCGGUCGAGACGACCACCCCGUCCACCCCGCCGCCACCGCGGUCGCCGCACCACCAGCAACUGUCGCCGCCGUCCGUCGGCGGCGCGGCGUCCGGCCACCGACGGCCGCCCGCCGUGCCCGUACCGUCGCUGCCGGCCGGUUACGCGCGCCACGAGCAGCUGUACCGGUCGUUCUACGAGGAUCCCGCGGCCGCGGCCUAUCACGCGCGUGCCUUCGGCGGCGGCGGCGGAAUAGUGUUCCAACCGUCCGCGGCCCACCAGCACCAUUUGCACCAUCACCACCAGCAGCAGCAGCAGCAGCAGCAACAGCAGCAACAGCAACAACAACUGCACUCGACGGCCGCGGCGGUCGCCGAACCGUCGCCCGCCUCGUCGUCGUCCGACGCCGAAUCCGUCGUUGCCGUCCAGCACGCCGAACGGGCUUGACGAGAAGCGGCUCGCCCGACGACACACACGUAAAUCCAAAGACAAAACAAAAAAAUAAAAACAAAUAAACAUUAUUUUGUACAUAUUAACAGUAUAUAUAAUAUUUAAGAGUAAACUUUGUACAUAAAACA